GUCUGGGUAGUAAAUAUGCGCUCGACUUCCUCAGUCGGCGACACGGAAGCAGGUCACGGGUUCCAGUGUUGUGACCCCACAGACCUGUUUUAUCACCUCAACAUACUAUAAUCGCAAUCAGCGCCACAAGAAACAACAAUGUCGUUCCGCUUCAACGAUAAAGUCGCUGUUGUCACCGGAGGAUCCAAAGGCAUCGGCAGAGGGAUCGUCAGGGUGUUUGUGGAGAAUGGGGCCAAAGUGGUGUUUUGUGCAAGAGGACGUGCGGACGGCGAGGCUCUGCAGGCAGAGCUGAACAAGGCAGGGCCUGGGUCGUGCACGUUCGUCCCGUGUGACAUGUCCAAAGAGGAUGACAUCAAGAGAAUGAUUGCAUUCACUGUGGAGCAUCACGAACACAUCGACUGCCUGGUCAACAACGCAGGGUGGCACCCGCCUCAUAAGACUACUGACGACACCACAGCCGAGGAGUUUAGGGAUCUGCUGAAUCUGAACCUCAUCAGCUACUUCUUGGCUUCUAAGUAUGCGCUGCCGUACCUGCGGAAGCGUCAAGGCAGCAUCGUCAAUGUUUCCAGUUUGACGGUCACCCUCGGGCAGAAGGAUGCUGCACCGUAUGUCGCCACCAAGGGGGCGAUCACAUCCAUGACAAAGGCGAUGGCUGUGGACGAGAGUCGCAACAACGUCAGAGUCAACUGCCUCUCUCCAGGUAACGUGAUGACGCCUCUGUGGGAGGAACUAGCAAAACUGACUCCGGAUGCUGCGGACACAAUUAAAAUGGGGGAAAAACAGCAGCUCAUUGGUCGCAUGGGGACUGAGGUGGAGUGCGGACUGGCAGCCUUGUUUCUUGCCGCCGAUGCUACUUUCUGCACCGGGAUCGACCUGCUGGCCAGCGGAGGAGCCGAACUCAACUACGGCAUCAAGACUCAGAUCCCGUCCUGACCUGACCCCUGGUUCUGACCCUCCCGACCUCUACGGUCUCCUCGCAUCUGUGGAAGAGCAGGGUUUUUUUUGUCUAAUUCACAUUGUACACAUUCAACUUGUGCUUGUUAUAUUUCUAAGAUGCAAAUCAAAAAAAAGUCAAAUAAAGUUUAUAUUUAAUCCA